AUGGCAGGAUUAAGAUUAGGGUUAUGGAUGAAAUAUUUAGCAGGGUUUAGGCUGGCGCCAUUUGUGCCCACUCCAGAGCAUGUGGGUCUCGCAAUGCUGAAGCUUGCAGGCGUCUGCCCCUCGGACAUGGUGGUGGACGUGGGUUGUGGAGAUGGGCGCCUCCUCAUUAGCGCUGCAAAGCACCAUGGAGCCAGGGGAUGUGGCCUUGAAAUGGAUGCUCUCCUCGCCAAACAAGCCGUGAGCGCUAUUGAGCGCGAGGCCCUCGCCCACAUGAUCACAGUCCUACACACAGACGCUUUGCACGCUAGCUCGCAACUGCAACGCGCUUCUGUUGUUACCCUUUACUUAAGCGAUGCAGGCAACGCCAGGCUUCUUCCCCACUUGCAACGCCAGCUCCCUCAAAAUGCCAGGGUUGUGUCCUUCUGCUGGCCCUUCCAGGAUCUUACGCCUUCACGCAUUCAACGGGUCGAUGGUAUUGCUUUGUACCUUUAUGAUUUUAAUGCCCUCCAUAACAGUUCACCCUCCUAA